AUGGUCAGAUUCUACCCAUCCCUCUCGCCGGACCUAAGCGAAUGGUGCAUGUCACAGCCUCUCUUUUACAUUGCCUCAGCUCCUCGUUACGGAGACCACAUCAACAUCUCACCAAAAGGUCUCCCAUCAACAACAUUUUCCAUUCUUGGCCCCAAUGAGGCAGCUUACAUUGAUGCAACUGGUUCUGGAGCGGAGACGAUUGCCCACCUAUAUGAGAAUGGACGAUGUACGAUUAUGUUUUGCUCAUUUGACAAGUCCCCGAGAAUUUUGAGAUUGUUCUGCAAAGGCAGAGUGGUCGAGUUUUGUGAUGACGAGUUUGGACCUUUGACAAGGCAAAUGGGAAUGGAAGUGCCUGUUGGUGCAAGGGCAGUCAUUGUGUUGGACAUCUUUAAAGUCCAAACAUCAUGCGGCUAUGGUGUACCUCUCCUCUCAGAGACUGAACAAAAAGGACUCCUCGAUCGCGACACACUAGGACACUGGGCUGGAAAGACGGUCUCUGAGAACAAGAUGGUCGACUACCGCGCCAAGAACAACGCAUACAGUCUUGAUGAUCUGCCUGGCUUGAAGGCUGGAAGAAGGACAAGGGGAGAACGAAUAUGGAUCGGUGAUGCUCGAGCUUACCUAAUGAGAUUGUGGCAUCAGAUGGAUGCCAUGAUCAUCGGCUUUGUUCUAGCGUUUGUCUUUAUCGAUUUACUGUUCAUGUCCGGCGUUCGGAUCAAUGGAGUAUUUGCGGACUGGAGCUGA